AUGUCCUUCUUCGGGAUGGAUAGCUACCAGAUGGACGGCUGGCUGCAGGCCCGGGACCAGCAGUUCCCUCCGAGGCCUCCUCCGGGCGGGUUCCAGGCGGGCAACAACCAGACGACGGCGAUGCUCAUCAACGAGUUCAGGUUCGCGGCGGCAAAGUCCAUCAGGACGUCGACCAUCAUCCUGGCUGCAUUCAACGCCGUGGCGGCCUUCACGACGGCGAUGGGGAUCCUGUACGACAAUUACACCACCAAGCGGAGGAACGAUAGGAAUUUCAGGUUCAGGCGCAAUGGCUUCAACUUUGUUCAGUCGGCAGAGGUCUUUCCUCUGGUUCUUUCCAUCGGAAUUGCAAUCCAAGGGACCCUCUUCGCCAUGGCGCAAGCCAAUGGACUGGAAAGCUUGCUGGCAAGGGGAUGCACUCUGGUAGCGCAGGCAAUGCUUCCUGGUAAGCUCGAGCAUCGCAUCACGUUUCUUGAAAACCCUCUAGAAGCUGACUUUGGGACUCCAGCCAUAUUCAUUGUGCCCUACAUCCAGCUUGUGUUUGGGCUAGAAAUUACCUUUCGAGCUCUGCGGCGCAGGCCCUUUCCUCAACGAAACAAAUGGGUCGUCACAAUCUGCCUGGUCAUCAUCCUCAUGAUGCUGCUGAUCAAUUUCCUUGUUGCUGAUUUCAUUCAAUCCCCCGAUUUUUGCUUCGCUUCUCUGUUCUGGUAUGUGUCAAAGUAUGCAGCUGGCUGCUUUGCGCUGUUGACGGGCAUCUCCGUCAUUCUUCUCCUCUCCACUGUCACGCUAUCCCUCAGGCUGAGCCGAAGCGACAAUAUCGAGACUUGCGAGAGGGUCGGCGCGUCCAGAAUGGUGUAUUACCUUGUCUUGGCCAUUCUUUCCAAUGUUAUUAUGAUUCCCUUCUUUUUCAACCUUGCUUUCUUGGAUCAGAGCGAUCCCAACAACCAAGCCCUCUCAUUAUCGAUGGUGGCUGCAGUGGUGGCCAACGUUUCUGGUCUCAUGACGGGUGGACUACACCUAUUCCUGAGAUCCAACACCAUCUCGACCAUUCGUCCACGACACAAGUCGGGUGACGAAUGCCGACAAAAGAAAAUGAAAUAUCAGAUCUCGAGACCAGGGCCCGGAGACCCCGGCUAUGACGAUCUUGUGAGGCGAGACGCUGCUGAGUCGGCCAUGCUACGACGCAUGUUUGAAGAUGCGAGCCUGAUCACUCGCGCUGAUGAUAAGGACUAUGAGGCACAUCCGGCUGGCCGUCGACACUCUUCUGUAUACAGCGUAUUGCAGAAGCCGAACCCUCUGAGAUCGAACGCCGUGUAUUCGCCCGAGACGAUCCAAUCCCCGGAACCAGCGCAGCUGGCGCGACCUUCAACAUCGCACUCUUACAAGCAGGCCUAUUCUCUGUUCCCGGGCAGCGGAGCCGAAUCUGUCAAGUCCUUCACUCUUCUCCCAGCCACGACCUACAACCCGCAGUCAGGACCCAAGCCCCGUACGGGCUUCGGCACACUGAAGCCUCCACCUUCCCUGAAUAAUCUAGUCGGCCGCCACCGACGUGACUCGUCCAUGGUGUCGUCCGCAACAGUCCAGAUCGGGCUUCGCCUUUCGAACGUGGACGACAUCCAGCGAGGGCCCCCGCAGGCUGUGGAUGCCCACGUGUACUCUAUCGAGUGUCCUCCCGGAGAGUGUCCGAACGUGAACGAGGGCGCCGAGGCAGCUAGAUCCAGCCCCCUGGCGAGGCCACAGGCUGCGGCCCCGUCGGAGACGGCGUCAGACUCGGAUUAUGGGGAGCCGUACGACGACGAGUCUCCCUUCCGGGACCCUGUCAAGGACGCGAGGAUGAAGACCCUGCCGCCGGUGCCCCGGACACCCGUGGUGGAGAACUUGCCGCAGCAGCCGCAGCAGCAGACACUGGGGGCGGGCGUCUACAUCCCACAGCAGAGCCCCACGCGGGCCAAGGUUACGAGCCCAAAGGGUGUCGGAUUCGCCACGACGGCGACCAGACCGAGCCCGGGGGCCCGGAGUCCACCGCCCAUGAGAUCAAACUCCAAUGCCAGUCCGGCCGCCAAUAACGACGGUGACUGGAUAUGA